GCACAAUCAAUAACAGUCGGUAACAUACCUCGCCCGUCGUCCUGCUUGAGCAACGUACGCAUGCACGCAGGCAAUCAGGCACGCAGGCACGCAGGCAUUUAAAACCUCGAUCGCCACCUAAUAGGCAGGACGCAAGGUUUUGUCUCGGGGUUCUUCUUUAGUUCUCGACGUUCCUUUUACAAGCUUGCCGCGUUGCGUUCCGUCCCACAACCAAAUUUGGCCAUCUAACCCCAACAAACCCUAGCAACAGCGCAUCAACCUCCAUCGGCGACCAUCGACCUCCAUCGGCGACCAUCUCUUGCCCGCUUCGAUACUUUGUACAUGUUAUCAUCUGUACUUUUUCUUUUGCCCGCCCGUCGCGUGUCUCUUUGUCGUCUCCACUCCAUUGCCGCUGCAGGGUUAGGAGUAGGGUUCGGGUUAGGGCUUUUGAGAGUUCGGUGGGGUUUUAGUGGGUUACGGCAGCCCAACCCCCCGACAACCAAAACGCGACGAUGCCUGCCCACAUCGUGUACGAUGGACACGCCGCCGACACCGAGGGAACGCUCUUUGAGGGGACAACUUUCUGGGUUGCCCAGCGCGUGCCCUCGCGGCAAAGGAUUCUCGGUUUGAUCAAGAGCAACGGCGGCAAGGUGGUGCUCGUGGACAAGCAAGCCGAUAUUCGCAUUCACGACCAUGCCCGUAAAGAUGUCCCUAGCGGCCAAGGAUUUGUGUCUUGGAAAUUCAUCGAGGAGUCGGUCAAGAAGGGCGACCUCUGCGAUGUCAACGAUUACAUCAUUGACAACCCGAGUGCGCCUGUGAGUGCGUUGGCGAGUGCGAGAGCGAGUGCACCGGCGAGAGCGAGUGUGCCUACGCCUAAAACUGCACCUGUAAAACAAACACGGACUCCCUUCACCCGCGAGGACGAUGAGCUGCUAGGUGCCUGGGUCCGGCGGUGUCGUGAUCAGGGAGAAAGCAUUGGCGGCAACGCCAUGUACCAAAAAUUUGCAGAAAAGUAUCCGCACCACACAUGGCAGUCCUGGAAGGACCGUUUCCGCCAGAAAUUCUCUGGUCUUCCCGAAGAUCAAAUUCCGGGCUGGAACAAGCCGCCGCCAGCCUCGCCAUCUCCGGGCCAUCCUUCAGCCGCUGAUGCCACCCGUGCUCCUGUACACCAGCCACCUACAAUUUCGGUAACACGUCCAGCCCCUGUGCAUCAGAGCCGGGCAUCGCUAGUCACCAACGAGACUGCAGUCUCUCAACCGAAGACCGGAUUCCAAUCGUCUGGUACUAAACGAGCUAGGGUGUUUUUUGACGACGUAGACGACGAACUCCUCGUCCGCUAUGUUACCCAGAGAAUGGAAAACGGCAAGGGGGCGAGCGGAAGACCAAUAGGCCCAAAUGGAAAUAUCAUCUUCCAGGAGCUCGCAGAUCAGUAUCCGCAUCACACUAUGCAUUCUUGGCGUGAUAGAUGGGUUAGGCACCUGUCAAGGCCAGAGGAGCCGGAUACGUCAGAUGACGACGACGAGCCUCCAGUUACAGUGUGUCCAAUUGUCAAAACCGAACCGCGCGUUUCGACAUCUUCCGUCCCUGAGAACCCUAUUUCGAUUUCGGACAGAGUAGAUCAGCAGACUCGGCCUGCCAGUGUUUCAGGCUUGAACCGAGUACCGCCGCCCAGACCUAACCCCAGGCAAAGCUCUACUCCUCUAUCAGCGACCGCGAGAGAAACCCCCGCUGCACACGUGGCUGAUGAGAACAAUGCCCCCUCAAACACGGGCAUUGUAAGAGCUCGAGAGCUCCGUGAGCUGAAGAGGGCUCGGAAGGAAAAACGAAAGGAUAAGGCAGAGAUGCAGGAAGCUGUCAAGAGCCAGCCCGAAAUUCAAGCCACGAUCCUAUUUCAGGCCAGGGCCAGAGGCUAUUUGACGCGUCGCUUUUUGUACAGCAGUGACGAGGAAGACUCUGACAGCGGCAGCGAGGAGCCCGACGGCGAUGACGAGAACCGCGAAACCGUCGAGCGCGAAACCAACGGGCCCAGUAUGAAUGUUCAUGAUGUCAGCGGACGUGAUUCUCCUAGUCCUGAGGUCGCCGAACCUGGGGUCACCGAACCUGAGGUCACCGAACCUGAGGUCAAAGAAGGCGACAGCAGAAACCCCAGCGGUGACGAGUCUGGCACCGAAAAGAUUGACGAAGAAGCUUCCGUAAAGGUCGAGCCAGAUAUGGAGGAUCCUGGCGUUUCUGUACCCGAGGGGGAACCCGACAUGGGCGAGUUUGAGGCCGGAAACGAGUCUGACGGCCCAGAAACUCCCCAGCGCUCGAUAAUGGACAGCCACGCACACGAGACUCAAUCUCAGCCAUCAUCUCCACUGACCGAAAAGAAGCAAUUCUCAAUACUUUUCGUUGAAAUGCAGAGGCUGCUCGGUACCACCCCAGUUCCAGAUGUUUGGAUCGGGGGCAAGUCUGUGAAUAUUUGGGACCUAUGGCAAACCGUAAGGAGUCAGGGGUCUACAGCGGUUCGAGACUGGGAAAACGUUGCCGAAAACCUGGGUCUUGACUGGAUCGAGAGCCCGGACGUGACAUACCAGUUGAAAGGCGCCUUCGACGAGCAUCUGGGGCCGCUUGAAGAAUGCUGGGAUGAGAUGAAGGAAACCAUGGAUAACAUGCCCGACGAUGACGAGUUUGGUGACGCGGAGUCUGGGGAUGGCGGGGCAUCCGGCGAUGACGAAGCAUCCGGUGAUGGUGCAACUGGCGAUGAUGCAUCUGGCAAUGAGACGGCUGACGAAGAUGAAGGGGCCGGCGAUGACGAGGUUCCUCAAAACCUGGCCAACAUUGGCCCCGAAAAACUCGGCCUCCGUCCAGAGUCGGUUGGAUUCGCAUCUUCGCCACCCAUAGUCCCGCUCCUGGGGGUUUUGAAGAGAAAGUCUGAGGGCAGCGCGGCUCUGCCGAGAUACGAAAAGCGACGCCGGUACGGCUUGGACGAGGAAAUUCCUUGCACCCCGGUUUCGGCGAACAAACGAACUGUGAAAUUUGCCGACACGCCGACAACGGCACAGAAAGCUAUCGGCUAUCGGCGAACCCCACACCCAAAGAGCAUUGAACCACAAACGCAGGACUUCAACUUUGCUGAGCACCGGCCAGCCCUGCAGCCGUCGAGGGUCGAGCCAGAAACGCAAGACUUCAGCUUUGGGGGGCAGGAGGACUACCAUUUCCUAGAUGAAGAAGAUUCCACUUCCCUGUCACAGCAACUCAGAUCAGAAACCAAUGCCCAGGCAUUGCCAUCGCUGCCGCAGGCUCUUCCUUUGAAAAAGCGGAUGAGCGAGAAGGCCCGACCACGGCGGGCAGUCUCGGUAUCUUCCGAGACUUCAUCGAGUUCUGGGUUUACUUCUCCUGAAAGAAUGGUAGCUGCUCGGCCGGCUGCUUCUCGCUCAGUUGCUCCUCGCCCAGCAGCUGUUUCCUCGAGCACUACAACCGGGGCAACGCGACGGGAACUGCCGACCGCCUGGACCAAAAACACGCCAGAUACCCCUGCAGGCCGAGUCGCUAGCGGACAUUUGACUGCCCGUGAGGCAUCAGCUCCUUUGGGGCUCGGGAAAAGCGCACCCAGGGUGGUCUCGAGUCGGCUGGUAGCUCGACGGCCGGCUGCCCAGGCUGCACAGCCCAGCCCCGUCACGAGUGUCUCGAGCAGGGGCAGCAAUCGUCACCGUGCAGCCGCCGGCAAUACCAGCGGGUACGACGAGGGUUACGGCGCGAAUUUCGACCUUAUGGAAACCAUCAACCAUUUUAUUUCACUUGGCUACAAGCAGAGCCAUGUGGUGACGGUGGUGAAAGCCAUCAAACUGGAUCCGGACCCGUUUGAUUUUGGCCUCGCGGGGCGGGCGUUGGAACUCAUCAAAAAAGACGGCCAGCUCCCCGGGAACAUGCAGGGUGUCUGGACGCCGAGAGACGACGACGUCUUCAUAUCCAUUGACCCGGCCACCGAGCGGGUGGAACGCCGGUGGGAGCAGAUUCGAGAGAGGGAGAUUGCGAGGGUGAUGGAGAAGCACGGACGGGACAAGCUUGCAAGGCGCCGCGAGUUUCUGUGGAACUUUGAAAGCGCCUAGGCUGGGACUGGCUCGAGUGUGCUGUACUCGAGCAAUGCUGGGUUGUUUACUUGCUUUGCUUGUGAAUGAAUGGGCUGUGGCUGGCACUGACAUUAUGCUAAGGGAUAAGUCAACUAUGCCAAAAGCAGAACACCCUAGAACCUAGAAGCAGAACACCCUAGAAGCAGAACACCCUAGAAGCAGAACACCCUAGAAGCAGAACACCCUAGAAGCAGAACACCCUAGAA